UAAAACCGACCCUCUGAAUCCCCCCCUCAUCUAUACCCGCCACCCUUGAACGCGAUCCCCCUCGUUAACUCCAUCAUGAGUAGCGAGGAUCGCAAGUUUGACGCAGCUAGCGUCGAGAAGAACCAGCUCGAUGAAGGAGUUCACGUCGUCGCUGACGGAAAACACAAGUUCGAUGUCGCUUCCAUCGAUUUGGUACAACGUCGACUCAAACAACGCCAUGUGCAGAUGAUUGCUAUCGCUGGAACACUCGGUACUGGGCUUUUCCUCGGUUCUGGGAAAGCUCUCAGCGGUGCAGGCCCUGUUGGUGCCCUUAUCGCAUACGCCCUCGUCGGCUCAGUGGCAUAUUCGUCAUUGUGUUCUAUCGGUGAAAUGACGUCCCAUGCCCCAAUUUCAGGAACUUUCCCUCAUUUUGCCGCUCGAUGGGUCGACCCUGCUCUUGGUUUCGCAGUUGGAUGGAACUACUUUUAUACUAACGUGAUAACCGUGCCGGUCGAAAUCACGGGCGCUCAGAUCCUUAUCACUUAUUGGGAUCCCGAUACGAAUCAUGCGGGUAUCUACACUGCAAUUAUCAUCGUGUUUGCUUGCGCGACGAACGUUUUCGGUGUACGGUAUUUUGGCGAAGCGGAAUUUGUGUUCUCACUCAUUAAACUCACGAUGAUCACCGGUCUUAUCCUUGUUGGUUUGAUCAUUGAUCUUGGCGGUGCACCAGAUCACCACAGACUGGGCUUCCAGUACUGGAAAAACCCCGGUGUCCUUGCAGGCGCUCAGCUAGAACCAAACCAUGUUGGCUUGGACCGCUUCCUGGGCAUACUGAAUGUUCUUGUUCAAGCAUCAUUCUCGUUCCAGGGCAUGGAACUCGUCGCCAUUGCUGCUUCUGAGACUGAAAACCCCCGCCGGAACAUCGCAAAAGCCGUCCGCAGGGUAUUCUUCCGUAUUUUAGUUUUCUAUAUCCUUGGUAUCUUCAUCACCGGCCUUAUUGUUCCUUAUAACGAUCCCAACCUACUCCACUCCACGGGUACUGCUGCCCAAUCUCCAUAUGUCAUUGCGAUGACAAAUGCCGGGAUUAAAGUUCUGCCAAGUAUCAUCAAUGCCGGCGUCAUGACGAGUGCAUUCAGUGCUGCAAACUCGUUUUUGUUCUGUUCAUCUCGUAUCCUGUACGGUCUUGCUCUCCGAGGACAAGCACCCAAGGUUUUCGCCAAGUGCACGAACUCUGGACUUCCCCUCGUCGCUGUUGCGUUCUCUAGCAUUUUUGCACUCCUUGCGCUCAUGAACGUCGCGUCGGGUUCCGCAACGGUGUUCAACUGGUUCGUCAACCUCUCAACCGUGGGCGGCUUCUUCGGUUGGGGCUCUAUCAACUUGACCUACCUGUUCUUCCACCGUGGAAUGAAGUUCCAAGGCAUUGACCGCAAAAAGCUACACUACUGGAACCCCCUCCAGCCGUGGCUUUCGAUCUGGGGACUGAGCUGGUGCAUCUUGUUUAUUAUCAUCAACGGAUUCGAAGUCUUCUGGGAUUUCACCGCCGCUGGCUUCCUCACUGCCUACAUCAACAUCCCCCUGUUCUUCGGUCUGUACUUUGGCUGGAAGUGGGCAAAGGGCACUGAGAUCUGGAAACCCAAUGAAAUGGACUUUGUUACGGGUAUUCCCACCCCGGAGGAAACGGAGGGGCCAUACUACCCUCCUGUGGGUUUCUGGCAAAAACUUGCUGCUGCCUUGUUCUAGGGGUUGUAUGUCAAUGUGGCUGGUUGUUGUAUGAAUCUAGUGACUGUAUAUCGGCUCUUGUUUUGGAUAGGAGCUGUAAUAUCCCCCCCACCCCCUUGUUUUUUUUUUCUUUCUCGAUUUAAUGUUAAGUGGGCGGCUUUUGCCUGUUU